CUCGUUCUUCUUCCUCUCGAGCAAUUCCUCUGUUUCUUCCUCUCGGGCGAUAUGUCGACCUCCUCGUCAGCCCCCCGUUCCACGUGGCCGGUGUAUGGUCCAGUGCCGAUGACUCGAUGCACUGACUACCCACGGACUGCGCCACUGAAGCGGUUGACUUCGAAGGAGGAGAAGAAUGGGAACUUUGGGCGCGAGUUCGUCAAAUGCGAGAGCAAGCCGGAGGGGCAGAUCGUGAAGAAAUGCCACCAUUUCGAGUGGAUGGAUGAUUACAUCCAGAGGCUUCAAGGGUUGGGCUUGCUGGAUUCGAGGGGGAAUGCAAUCCGCGAGUUCAAUCUGCCCCAUGACAGUGCCGCUCCGGCAGCAGCAGCGCGUCCGGAAUACCCGACGGUGGUAGAUGUCAAAAACUGA